AUGGCGAGUGAUGAAAGUUUUAUUUCGGAAAUUCAGCAGAUAAUGUAUAGUUUUGGAGAUUGUUCGAAACCUCUUUUGGUAUCAGUGAAACUUAUCAGUGAUGUCGUACUGAACGAAAUCAUCAAAAUUAUAUACCAGCUAGAAGAGGUAUGUGUGUUGCGAGAGAGUAAAAUGGUUGGCAUCGAAGAAAUUCUCUUCUUAUACAGAAAAAAUUAUAAAAAAUUAAAGCAGGUAAUUGAGUUUCUGAGAUUCAAAGAUUUAAAGGCCCAGUGCAUGAAGGGCACUAAUGGUGCUACUGGCGGAAAAGAUGGAAUUAAAAUGGAUGACGAUGAUAUAAUGGGUUCAACAGCUGGCAUAGCAAAGUUCAAAAACUGGAUUCUUCCACAUUGUUGUGAGACUCAAGUUGAGCUGAGCAGUCAAACGUGGAAUAUUCUUGCUUACUUUGCUAGGGAUAUGGUUGGAGAGCUCGUCGAAUGCUCACUGGCAGUAAGGAAAGGAUUUGAAAAAUCUUCUCAUAGAAAGUUAAGGAAGAAACACAGGAGAUAUAAACAGCAGCUGCAAAAACAACUGCUCGCCAACAACACACCACACAGUGGGCAAUUAUUGCAGAGUGAAUAUAUUGCACAAGGCAGCACAUCUGAACUGCCAACUUCAUUAGUUUCUCCAUCCUUCGGCCCAUCACUGGAGUCAAAACAAAACUACUUGACGGCCAAUGCGGACACUGAUUUCUCAGUAGGUGCCGAUCUUAAACAUUACCAAGCUAUCACAGUGUCUGAGAUUAGAGAAGCUAUACGACGGCUCUGCCUGUUGAAUCAGCCUCUUACUUGGAAUUUGGUUGGUUGA